UUGGUGGCCAGCUCAAUGAGUUUAGUACCCUACUCGUCCAUAGCGUCAACGCCGCAGAUUCGUGAGCUCUUCACGGCAGAGGGACACGGGUCAUGCGCGCGCUUGAUUUACUCGCCGAACGUGGCGCGCAGUCGGUUGAAGCACGUUGUCGCGUGGUGGCCAAAAUUGAAAGUACCUCCGACGGUUACAGUCAGCAUCAUGUCGCUCAGCAGGAUGGUCGCAGUGCAGCAACGCUGCUGGUCUCAGCUUAAAGUUCUAAGUGCAAGUGCGCCGACGGUGGCGGCCAACCAUCACAGACAACGGCAGGGACCACGGCAGUUCCGUUGGAUUAGCUCCAGUUCCAGGGCCGGUGAAAAGUUGGCCGUUGCCAAGGCUGUCCAGAAGCAUGACUUUAACCGGGCGGUCAGUGAGGCGGAACAGAUCGUUGGAUAUCCGACGUCGUUUCUGAAUCUGCGGUUCCUGCUCAGUGACGAGAUUGCCAAUGUGGCGCUGCACCUGCGGAAGCUGACCGGAAGUAACCAUCCGUUGCUUAAGUCGGCAAAAUCCCUCAUCUUUAACGACAAAAGCCAGCAAGCGUGGGGUCUGAUCAUCUUGCUAAUCUCCAAAGCUGCUGGCCACACGGCCUCCGUUCCGGAAACGGACCAUGAUCGAAACGUGGGCGUGUUGCACUCCCAGCGAGCCCUGGCAGAAGUUACGGAAAUGAUUCGUAGUUCGCACCUGAUCCAUCAGGGCAUAAUAAAUCUGCAGUCGAUGGACAACGCCGGAAAUGACCUCAGCGGGGAUAGCGAUAUGAUCUUUGGAAACAAGAUUGCCCUGCUGGGAGGGGACUAUCUACUGGCACAUGCCAGUAAGCAAAUCGCAUCGUUGAGGAACCAGGACCUCAACAUGCUUAUGACGUCGGCUUACAGGGACCUAGCGGAGUCUGCCUUUAUCGGCGAGAGUGAUGAUCAGAAUAGCCCUAUUCCAAGUAAGCCGGAGACGCCUGCAGACACGAUCACUCCGGAUUGCUCGUUGGAUGAGCUGGAUUUUGGAGAUGUACAGAACAACAAGGAGCCCAUGAUCAUCGAGGGAGUUAUGGGCCAUCCGGAGAAGGAGUGGACCCUCAGACACGUUCUCGGCGGUGGUAGUCUGCUGGGAAAAAGUUGCCAUGGGGCGUUGAUGCUGGCGGGUCACCCUGAAGAUCUGCAAAAGCAAGGUUAUCUUUUCGGAAAACACAUGUCCCUGGCCUGGCAGGCCUCGAUCGAGGUGCAACCGUUCCUACUGAGUGAACUUCCUCUGGGAGCCACCUUCAGCCUUGUGUCAGCACCUGUCCUGUUCCACCUGGAGUACGACCCCAGCAUUUACUCGAUCAUCGAAAAGGGACGCAAUUCGGUCGAGGACGUGGAUUAUCGGGCGUUGCACCAUCACAUUAGCCGGGGACCUGGUCUCGAGCGGACACGAAGCCUACAGAGCAAGCACAGCAUGGCCGCGAUGAAGGUUCUGGACCGGUUUGCACCGACCGAUGCCCAAGCGGCGCUGCAGAACAUCAUUGUGGCGAUGCAGCAGUUGUAAAGCGUUCUUAUCAUCUUUGUAACAUUUUUUUUUAAA